AUGCUGGCGAUUCGACGCCACUAUUGUGCCGCAGGACUGCGGUUGCGAAGAUCUACCGUUUCGCUUCGUUUCCCUGUAUCAGUACAUGUCAGGCGAAAUGCCGAUGCGCAUGGGCAAAGAGCUUGGCUUGGAAUUUUGCCCGUCGACGAAGUUGAAGAUUAUCCACAGCGUGAUCCAGAGAAGGAGCUCCCAACGUGGGCUUUUGUUGCUGCACCAGCUUCUGCGGUGGUGCUCAUGAUUGCCAUCAUGUCGACAUCAGACAUCAAACUCAUGUUGUCCGAUAGACGAGCGCUGCAAGCUGGUGGCUGGGUGUGCCAGCAAUGUCUUGCUGUCAAUGAGGUGCAAGACCAGUACUGCAAGCUGUGUAAGCAAAAGCAGGCAGAUGACCUGUCACUCAGGCGCUCGGCUUGA